AUGGGCGCGUUCAAAGUGCUGAUGUGGAAGCACUACGUGGUGCGCAAGCGCCGGUUUAUACAGACGUUCGUGGAGUUCAUGACCCCUAUAUCGCUAGUGCUGGGCAUCUUCGUGCUCAAGGAUCCCAUGCAGAGGAAGACUGAGACCGACCUCGGUACAGAGCUGCCGGUUUCGAGUUUUUCCUUGGAAAGUACGAAUCCGCCAACAGGAAUACUGUACACUCCAGAUUCUGAAGCUUCCCACAGACUGAUGGAAGAAGUCACACAUAUUUUAUCCGAAAACAAUUCAACAGGUUACCCCAGACUGCAUGUGAGAAGUUUGGCAUUCCCUCACGUAGCCCUAGCUGUGGAGGCGCUGUUCUUAGUGGGAAGUAAAUCUAAAGAAGUUUUAGCCAUGGUGGAGUUUGAGAACAUGACAGGCAGGAAGCUACCCGAUAUGUUGAAGUAUACAAUAAGAAUGAAAGCACUGCUUUCUCGAAGACCCAACGUUAAAUUUCAGAGGUUGUUCGAGAAAUUUGAAAAUGUACCGCAAUCGUUCUUACCUCUGCAAUGGGCCAUUGACUCCAGCUAUAUGAAAUUAAAGUCAAAUUCUGGAAGAAUAAUGCAGAAAAUAUUCUUCGAGCCACUUUCAGAAGUUCCUUUGAAGGCGAAACUGAACAAAACAUUCGUUAGCACUGUCUUCUACCUGCUGACUUAUGUGUCUUUCGGAGCUCCUAUGCUGCCCUUUGUUUUCUUGAUGAAUCGCCUCUUAGAAGAAAGAGCUACAGGCAUACAGGAGCUUGUAAAGAUGGUAGGUGUCACGCCGACAAUGCUUGGGAUCACGCAUUUCCUCAACUCGCUGCCACCCUGUCUGAUCUACUGCUUCGGCAGCAUCUUACUGAUGAAAGCCACAGACACUCCCAUGGUGCCAGCGUCCAAUGUUGUCAUACUCUUCAUCGGUCAGUUCUUGCAUUUCAUGAGUAUGAUCGCUAUGGCUUACGCUUGUAGCCAUAUUUCCGGAGACGACCAGCACACGGUGUCCUUGGCUUUGUUCUCGUACAUCGGGAUGUGGAUCCCAAUCCGGCUGCUGGGCCAUUCGAGCAAGUCUGACAUCUUCCUCUUCUUCCACGGACUAUGUCCUCAUUGUCCAAGCUACUGGUUCCUGAAUGAAGGUCUGGUUUCUGAAGUAAGGCAUGAAACUGGUUUACAAUUUAGUACAAUCCACGUCCGACAGACCAUCUACCAGGACGGCAGUAGGAACGCCAGCGUGCUCGUCAGUUUCAUUAUGCAACUCAUUCAGAUCUCUUAUAUGUACCUGAUCUCCUGGUUCCUGGAGAAAGUCAGGCCUGGCAAGUAUGGGAUUGCGCUGCCUUGGAACUUUUUUCUUCAGAAAGAAUAUUGGUCUGGAAAGUUUUAUAAACCUCCAGAAGUUGUGUCUGAUACCACAGCACCUUACGAUCCUGACUAUCAGAAAUAUUUUGAGUAUUCACCGAAAAACAUGUUGGCUAGCAUUCAAAUCAAAAACGUUUCAAAGAUAUUUGAAUCUGGCGAUAAGAGGUUUCAGGCUCUAAACAACGUCACCCUAGAAAUUUAUAAGGGGGAGAUCACGGUGCUCCUAGGCCACAAUGGAGCUGGAAAAACUACUCUUAUUUCGAUUAUAACAGGAAUGAUAAAUCCAACUUCAGGUAAAAUUUACGUGAAUGGAAUGGAUACUGUUACUCGACAGGCUGAUGUAAGAAAACAGUUGGGAUUCUGUCCUCAACACAAUCUGUUUUUUCCCGAUUUGACAGUUUUGGAGCAUUUAAUGUUCUUCUCUUUGAUCAAAGGUGGAACAUUCGAAGAAGCAAGAUUAUCAUCGUACUCGCUGAUGGAACAACUAGACUUGGUGGCUCAUGCUGGUAAAAAGACCACGCAGCUGUCCGGAGGUUUGCUUCGAAGACUUCAACUGGGAUGUGCUCUGUGUGGCAACGCUAAUGUUCUCAUCUUAGACGAACCCACGUCAGGAUUGGAUGUUGAAGCUAGACGGGAGCUUUGGGAUAUGCUACUGUCUCUCCGUGGAGAUCGAGCCCUUGUGCUGACUACUCACUUUAUGGAAGAGGCGGAUGUUUUGGGAGAUCGUAUCGCUGCCUUGCAUCUCGGGAAACUACGCUGCCACGCCACACCAAUGUUCCUUAAGAAAGCCGUUGGCUCAGGAUUCCGAGUAAACAUAACGACUGUCCAGGAACCUGAUGUGGAGAAAAUCUCACGUCUCUUGAAAGAGAUGGAUGAAAGGGUAGUCCUUAAUGACAGAUCGAUGAACACACUGACAUACACCCUACCAGCUGAAGUGCAUUUGCCAACUAUCUUCAAGACGUUAGAGACAAGCAAACAAGCUUUGGAUAUUGAGUGUCUUGGUAUUGGUGUCACUACUCUGGAAGAAGUGUUUUUAGAGUUAUGCUGUGAUGUGGAUACGAGUGCAAGACGAGAAGUUAAUGGAUCGGAAACACCACCGGUUUUCACACGUGUAACAGGAUCCCAACUCAUUCUUCGACAGACAAAAGCAUUAUUCAAGAGGCAAUUUGACUAUACUAUGGCUAAGAAAUAUGCUUUCGUUAUUUUACACAUCAUUAUGCCGUUCGUUCUUUGCACCAGUUUGACGCAAAUCUUCAAUAUACUCGAUAGUGAAAGAAACAAAGACCUGUCUUUGAACUUGGAUAUGUAUUCUGAAACUGGGCUGAACAAAGCCAUUUACAAUAUCAGAAGUCGCGGAACGGAAAAAGUUAUGGCUACAUUCAAAUACACUUACCCUUUCUACACGUUUACGAACAUAAAGGAUAUGCCUUUUGUUCAUUCCCUAAAUUUGGCAUCCAAAAUUGUCGGAAGGACCGUCUGGAACGAGUAUGCGGUUGGCAUAGCAAUAAAUGACACUUCAGCAAUAGUUUUUUACAUGCCAGGGCUGAAGCACAGUAUACCAGUGGGAUUAAACCUUUUAAGUAACGUCCUUUCCAACCAAAAGCUACCUUCCAGUCACGGAAAGACCAUAGUAACAAUGAUUACAAAUAACUGGCCUGUUCUCUCGAAGCCUUACCAUGUGCCAAAAACGAAGAUCAAUUGCUCGCUUUUUGCUAUUUUCAAUAUUUGUACACUGGUAGCAACAACGAUCAGCGACUUAACCCUGCCGUGCAAGGAGCGACUGACGGUAGCUCGACACAUCCACAUCAUGGCCGGCUGUUCACCGUUGCUGUACUGGCUGGUAACCUUCCUCUACCACAUGGCUGGAUACGUCUGCUUCUGCUGUACCGCCACUCUUGUUGCUGCUGCGUUCUUCGACAAUGAUCGCACUUUAGACGAUAAGGGGGCAUUGGUUGCAAUAUUCGUAGUGGUAACUUUGAGUGGAAUGAACACUUAUGCCUUCAUGUACUUCAUCAGCUUCUGUUUUACCGAGAGGACAGCCAGUUUGCUGCUCGUUGGAUUUGUCACCGUAUUUGGAUUCCUAACACCAAUUCUAAUCUUGGCAUUAGAAGAUCUGAAAACCAGUUCUGAAGAGACGGUGUACAAGAAGAUAAUGAACCGAGUGGGUCUCUUCAUUCCAGCAUACAUGUUCACAAAGGCACUCAUAGAAGUGACGGAUGUAGCCCGGUUCAACUCAUUUUGCUCGAACAAUAUACACAAGUGCCCAAAUUUAGUGUACUACUCAGAAGGAUUCGAUUCCAACAUUUGUUGUAGCAAAGGAACCGAAACCGAAGGACCAUUUAAAUAUUUCGCUUUCAGUGAUUAUGCUGCUGGUCAAUCAAUAGUGGUUAUAGCUUUGCAAGUUAUUAGUUUUUCGGUUUUGGUUUUACUUAUGGAAUAUGGAGUGUUCAAUUACUUAUGGAAUGUGUUGGGUAAUAAUGUAUGCAAAAGUACAUAUCCUCAUAAAAGAUUUUAUUGCCCAAAUGUGAAAGAGGAAACUGCGUAUGUCACCAAAAGUUUUGAAAGAGUAAAACCCGGCAGAUAUGGAAUACUACUAGUAGAUAAAGCUUGGAAGGUGUAUAGAGGUCUGUGUGGCAGACAGACGUUUGCAGUAAAAGGAGAAAGCUUUGCAAUUAAAAAAGGAGAAUGUUUCGGUAUACUAGGUUUAAAUGGAGCUGGAAAAACGACAACAUUCAAAUUAAUUAGUAGGGAAGAAUCUCUAACGUCGGGAAAGAUAUUCGUCGCCGGGCACUACUCAAAGACGCACAAUGCCCAGUACCUCCGUUCAAUGGGGUACUGCCCUCAGUUCUGCGGUCUAGACGACUUCCGAUCAGGGAAUGCCAAUAUUCGUCUACUCCUCAUUCUUCGAGGGUUAAAAGAAGAAGACGUGAAGAGAGAAACAGCUGCUUGGCUUGAAGUGGUUGGAAUGACAAAGCACGCCCAUCGCAAAGUCUGCGGCUACAGCGGUGGCAUGGUGCGACGCUUGGCGACUGCAUCAGCGCUCUGCGGCGAUGCUCCUCUGUCGUUGUUGGACGAACCCACUGCUGGGGUGGACACGGCUGCGAGGAGGCUCGUGUGGGCUGCGCUCCAGCGGGGACUUAGCCACGGCCGCGCCAUUGCUAUGUCUUCGCACUGCAUGGACGAAAUGGAGCGACUAUGCAAACGGGUGACAAUACUGAGUGUUGGAGAAAUGUCAGUGUUGGGAACACCGCAGGCCCUCAAGGAGAAAUAUGCGUCGGGGCACAGCAUCGUGUUCAAACUACACGCGGAUGUGGUGCAAAGUUUAACGGGCCCAGACAGGGUGCUUCAUUUACAAAGAACUGUGGAACGAACGUUUAAUUGUUCAAUGAAAGAUAGACAUUUAACAUCCCUACAUUACCGCAUCCACGAGAAGAUGAUGUACAGUGACAUCUUCGACCGGAUGGAGGCCGUGAUGAGCGAGUUCAAUGACCUCAUCGAGGACUACUCCGUGUCAGACACCACCUUGGAAGACGUGUUCCUGCAGUUUGCGGCCGAUGGCGACAGGACCCCUCCUAUGUCGAGGAAUUCCAGCGCUAAAGCUGAACGCGCAACGCAAUCAACGAUGAAUUACAAUUUGGAUAGAUAAUUUAGUAUUCUAAUUAUUUAUUAUAAUUUACAUUUUUAAUUAAUACAAUAUUUUAAGUCUACAUCUUCCUUUUCUUCUUCAGCGUGUAUUAACUACUUAUUAAACUUUAUUUCUUUAGGUACGAUAGUUGGUAAGAUAUUUGAAAGACUCUUGCAGCCCGUACUGGCGAAUAACUUCCAAAUCAGCGACGCUCAGUUUGGUUUUCGUCCUGGGCUCUCAACGGAUUCUGCGAUCUUAAGUCUCAAAUAUACUGUUGACUAUUAUGUUAAUAGGGAUACAUCAGUAUACGCCUGUUUUUUGGACUUAAGUCGUGCGUUCGAUCUCGUCAAUUAUGACGUGUUAUGGAGCAAACUCGCUAGGUCCAACACUCCGAAAGAGGUCAUUAAUCUGUUUAGAUUCUGGUACGAAAACCAAACCAACUGUGUGAGAUGGGGCGACGUACUGUCUAGUGAGUAUAGACUAGAUUGUGGCGUACGCCAAGGGGGGCUGACGUCUCCGGACCUUUUUAAUCUCUAUGUCAACGACCUUAUCGAGGAGCUGAGAGGCUCCGGUGUUGGUUGCCAUAUUGGGAACCUGUGCGUUAACAAUCUGAGCUAUGCUGAUGACAUGGUGCUUCUCAGCCCCUCGAUAAACGGAUUGCGAAAACUCCUAGCUGUCUGUGAAAGGUAUUCAAAAUUGCACGGUCUGUUGUACAAUACCUUGAAGACAGAAAUGCUGGUGUUUAAAGCUGGUAAAGGUCCGGCGACGGUUCCGCCGGUAUUUCUGGAUGGCUCGCCGGUGCGGGUUGUGGAGACUUUCAAAUACUUGGGACAUAUCCUCACUGAUAGUCUCAAUGAUGACGCGGACUUGGAGAGAGAGCGCCGGGCGCUUGCGGUCAGGUGUAAUAUGCUCGCGCGCAGGUUCGCACGUUGUUCGAAUGAAGUGAAGGUCACUUUAUUCAAAGCAUUUUGCCAGUGUUUUUAUUA